AUGUAUUUCGAAUUGUUACCGAACGAAAUUUUACUUGAUGAUUUAUUCAUUUAUUUAAAUGGUACAGAUCUUUUUCAUGGAUUUUAUGGUCUCAAUUCUCGUUUUAAUGCUCUUCUUUACAAGCAAUUUCGAUUUUAUCAUUUCGACUUUGAAUCUGUGUCAAAACGUACUUUCGAUCUGAUAUGUCAACAACAUUUACCAUUGAUUGCUAAUCGAAUCAUUGCUCUACGAAUAUCUAAUUACAAGAUCAUAGGACAAUGUGAUUUAUUUGUUUCUUAUAUAUCAUCAUUCCAUCAAAUGACUUGUUUACGAUCAUUAACAAUACACAAACUUCGUUCAUACAAAAUAUUCAUCGAACUCCUAGACAAAUGCCAUCAACUCAACAAUUUUACUUGUUUAAAUGUAAACCAUUGUCAUUUUCCAAAAGAAGAAUCCAAUUUUUCAUUGAUUAUUGAUAAGAUUUGGAGUUUACCAAAACUUACUGAUUGUCAUUUUCGCAAUAUUAUUACAAGAUCAUACUAUUUUAGGGUACCAACAAUUAUCUCCACAUCAAUUGAACAUGUAACAAUAUUUCACAGUGAACUUUCAUCGGAUAAAAUAAAUCAAUUGUUUAAUUACACACCUCGUUUAAAACGUCUAUCGAUGAUAGUUAUGAGUUUGCCCAACAAUAAUUAUAUAUCUUCUCUACAUUCAAAACUAAUUCAAUUAUAUAUGUAUUUUCUUUAUCGUAUAAACGCUUCGACAAUGCCAGAUUUCUUGAAAAGUAUGCCUAAUUUAUGUCAUUUGGAGAUCAACCUAAGACGUAAUCUAAUCGAUGGUCAUCAAUGGGAACAUAUCAUUCGUAAUUACUUACCGAUACUGAAAACAUUUCGAUUAAAAAUGAGAUGGUUUCCUCGUGACCAGAAAAUUAUACAAAAAGAAGCUGAGAAGUUAUUCGAUUCAUUUCGAAGUUCAUUUUGGAUUUAUGAAAAACAAUGGUUUGUCCGAUGUUUUAUAGGAGAACAAGUCAUUUCUCUUAACACUCUCUCUAACAGGCCUGAUGUGUACGAAACAUUUUCGGGCCUAUGUAAAUAUACAUGUUCAGAUGAUGAUUAUCGAAAAUAUUAUAAUUGCAUGACUACGAUCGAUAAUAUCACAUUUUUCAAUAACCCAAUCCCAUCUACCAUUCGUCUAUCGAAUAUUACAUACCUCUGUAUAAAACUUCCCUACAAUACUCAAUUUUGGUCAAUUGUUCCAAAUUUAAACAAACUAAAGACACUUAUUCUAUCGUCUUAUGAUGGUAAUUUGGAAUCAGAAUUGCAAGCUAUAUUAGAUCGAGCACCUUAUCUAACUACGUUGGCUAUUCAUCAAGACGCAUCAAUAUCUAUACAAAUGUCAUUAUUCAAACUUACUAAUCCAUCCAUUCGUGAACUUGAUUUAAAAAAUUAUGCUCAUUAUUUCAAUGAAAAUGAAUGUCUUCUAUUAACUCGUUCAUUAUUAGGUAUUCAAUGUGAAAUACUUUCUAUUAGAAUUAAUAAUCGUGAAGAUAUCAUUACUCUUGUCAAAAAUAUGGUCAAUCUUCGAAUAUUACGUAUUUAUCGAAGUGAAAAACGGUAUUUAGAUUCAGACCAUAUAUAUUUAAAGAGAAACAAUGAUGAGACAUUUCGUGAGAGAGACAAUAUAAACACUAAUGAACUUAUUCAAUGGUUAAAAGAUCAAUUGCCAUCAACGUGUGUGGUCGUUAAAGAUUUACAUUCUGUUCACAAUAUUUUAAUAUGGAUCUAA